CUCUUUCGCACCUAGCCUACUUGCAUGGUUUUAGGAGGUGGAAGGAAACGAGAGAACCCGGACGAAACCCAUACAGACACAGAGAGAACAUGCAGAACUCCACACAGACACUAUCAUCAUCAUCAUCAUCAUUAUCAGUGCAUCAUUACAUCACUAUAAUCUUCUUCUUCUUCUUCUUCUUCACAGCAUCGUCACCACUGGAUCACAUGGAGCUGUUAAAUGAUGUAAAGCCCUUCCUCCCACGCGGCGCACCUGAGCAGGAUGUCUGAAAGCACUCACAACUUAGUGUGAGGGCGCAGAGUCUUUACAGCCCUCAGUGUGAAGCUUCCACACGGAUCAUCCAGCAUAAAAUCACUCGGCAUCCACUGGAUCAGCAUCAAGAAAAAAAUAUAAUCAGAAUACAUUAUCGAGAGCAACGUUUAUUUGUGACUUUCCAGGAUUCGCAGCAGUGCGUCAGGAGACGGAGAUGUGAGCUGCUCCUGCUCAGACAUGGGGUAGAUCUUCCAAAAAAAAAGCAUGGAUGCAGAUGUACCGAAUUAAACAAGGUUCCCCUGAUGUUUGGGUGAAGAAGACGUCCUUGUUUGGACUGCAGAAAAGUUGUCCAUGUCGACGAGGUUUCAGGAUGAAGAACCUGAGCGAGCCGAACAGCACCGCGCGGCCGCCGCUCAUCACGGCGCACAACUUCCCUGCGCUCAUAUUCGGCAUCUUUCUCAUCGUAGUCACCAUCUGCGGCAAUAUCCUGGUCUGUCUUAGUGUUUGCAGGGAAAAGGCUUUAAAGACCACGACCAAUUACUUUAUCGUGAGUCUGGCUGCGGCUGAUCUUCUGCUGGCUGUCUUAGUGUUGCCGCUGUUCGUUUACGCCGAGUUUCAGGGUGGUGUCUGGUCCUUGGACACGGUUGUCUGUGAUGGGCUGAUGGCUAUGGAUGUGAUGCUGUGCACAGCCUCUAUAUUCAACUUGUGUGCGAUCAGCGUUGACAGGUUCAUCGCAGUGUCUGUGCCACUGAACUACAACCGAAGGCAUGUGGAUCAUCGGCAAAUCAUCCUACUCUCAGGCACCUGGCUCCUUGCCCUAGCUGUGGCUUCCCCCAUCAUUUUUGGUAUAAACAAUGUCCCGAACCGUGACCCGACAGUUUGCAAGCUGGAGGAUGACAACUAUGUAGUGUACUCUUCCGUCUGCUCUUUUUUCAUCCCCUGCCCCAUUAUGCUUCUGCUGUACUGUGGCAUGUUCCAUGGCCUCCGCCGCUGGGAGGAGGCCCGUAAGGCCAAGCUGAAGAAGAGCAUCCAGGCCUGCCGUAAGCUUCAGCACGCCGCCGCCGCUGCUGCUCUUCCACCGCUGGCAGCCUUGCCAACCCCUAUGCCUGUGUUGCCUCGUGUCAUCCAGCAAGACCUGGCGCAGUGCAACGUGGACGAGCUAGAUGACGACAUGCAGCCCAGCUGCCCCUUACCGCCGGAGUACAAUAACAGCACCAUUCAGACUAUUGCCUACACUGAGAUUCAGAACACAGCCCAAAGAAAGAAGAGGGCCAAGAUCAAUGGUAGGGAGCGGAAAGCCAUGAAAGUCCUACCUGUCGUCGUGGGUGCCUUCCUUUUCUGUUGGACUCCAUUCUUCGUGGUUCACACGACACGGGCCCUGUGUGAAACAUGUGAAAUCUCACACUACCUAAUGAGCACAGUGACAUGGCUGGGUUACGUGAACAGUGCGCUGAACCCCAUCAUCUACACCGUCUUCAACACUGAGUUCCGCAGAUUUUUCCAGAAGUUUCUACACAGCACCUGCUGUUACUCAGCUAGCAGAAUGGAUGAAAAUAUAAUGAUGCCAUGAACUAUUGUAAAGAAUGAGCAUAGUGGAUAAAAAAAUAAGACAUUUGUAUGCACAUUUAUAAGGCGGUGCCAGUUAUUAUGUACACUGGCAAUGAAGCUAUACACACUGGCCAUUUUAUCAGGUCCACCUACCAAUAAUAACCAAUAAUAAUGUAUCUGAUGGUAUGCAGAAUUUGUCAGCUGCCCUUUACUCUGCCUAUAGAUAUUAUUCUCAGUGCAGCAGUGGUGAUGGUCUUGUGGUGGUACUUCAGUGAUGCAGCAGGGGUGAAAGGGGAGCUGACAGCUGGUUAAAUAUGUGGAAGGUUUACCUGAUAAAAUUGAUAAAGACUAUAAGAAUGGAGCAGGUGUUCUAAGCAUCGACUUAGUGUAAGUAAUCCCAUUGUAUUACUUUCUGUGUUCCUCUUUUUCUAUAUUGGACUGUUGCCAAUAUUUUAUAUGCCUUCGAAUGUAUAUACAAAAUGUAUAUUUGGCCAUUGAAUUAAAUGUGCCUAAUAUUUACGAAGUCCACAUUUCAUGUGGAGAUCAUUUUAAGUAAAGAUACAUAUGAUGUAUACUCAUCUGAUGACUGAGAUUUGUUUUAUUUGAGAUGAGGUUCAUGGUACCACCGCAGUACCACAAUUUUGGCCUCACCUGUUAGU